CUUCCCAUACUAACCGGAAAUUUAUCAAACGACACGCGGACAAUUAUUAAAAUUUCGGGAGACCAAAAAGACGUCGUUGCACACAUUUUGAAUUUAUUUGGAGAAACAAUUAAUUAGAAAAUUGCUGUUUUACAUAAAUAUUCUCAGUCGGUAACAUCACUUCCUGUACUUUUAAAAAUCAUAUAAUACCAAAAGUUUACAUUAUUCACGCUUAAUGACCCAAAAAACCAUCAUUGUUGUGUUUUUAUAAUUGUUUGUGGCCGUUUAUUACGGAAAAAUCUCGCUUUUUUGCUGAUUUCGCAUAAAAACGUCGCGUGCUGUCAAGCGCGCCCUAACCUCACUACCCCAGUUCGUGAUGGAAGAGCCAAAACGCGAGUUCCCCAAGCCCAAACGUUCAAAAACCGACCACGUGAAGAACAUCGUGCACUCCUAUCUCCAGAAACGCAACUACGCCCCGAUUGGCAUUGAAAACUGCCGUCCCGACCAGCAACUCACUUACUCCCUCAUCGAAAACGAAAUCAGUCGCCCCAACUCAAUCCUCUACAGUUGUUACAACAGCGACCCGGUCGUAAUCGACCACAACUUCACCAAAUUCAUCACCUGGCUCAAAGACUGCUCAAAAACGAAAAACUGUCCCGAUUUGGAACAACUCACAGCCCCCUUUUUCUGUCAUUUGUACCUUGACAUUCUCAAAGGGGGGCACUCGGACCGCGCUGCCACGUUCCUCAAAGCGCACCUUCCGGCCAUCGAUAAGACGAAAUGUGACGAUUUUGUUAAAGACUUGGUGAAUUUAUUCGCAAAUGAUUGUGACGCCACUUGCAUGAUUGAACAGUUCCGUAACAACAAAUAUUACGUCGAGUUAUUGCCACAAUCGCUCGCCUUAUUGAAGAAAUUCGUGGCGGAAAACUGCCACGUUGUUUUUUUACACGUGCUACAAACGUGGUUCGAUAUCAGACAAAGUGAGGAUAGAGAUAAUGAAAGUGAGGGGAAAAUGGACGACAAGGGGGCGCACAAUGGCGUGUGUCUCGACGACAAGUUACGCAAAAUUUUGGACACGAUCAACGACCUGGACAAGGAACCGAAACAAAUUUUCUUGGCCAACAUUUCAAACACCAAUGAGCCGAUUUCAAGCGCUUUGAUUAAACGCACUUGUGGUUUAAUCGCCUACAAUCAACACAACAUCGUUCAUCUGCGCCCCGUUCAUUCGUACGACCCCAUUCUGGGGGUACGUGACUGCAAGGAAAUCAAAUUAAACGAUCACACGAAACGCAUUUAUUCAAUAAAUAUUUCGCCCGAUUGUUGCAAACUUGUGACAGGUUCCGAAGACUCAAACUUGUGCAUUUACGACUUGAACGAAAUCAAAUUAAUUAAAAAUUGUACGGGUCAUUUGGGCCCCAUUUACUGCACCACUAUUAGUAGUAAUAGUGUUUACGCAGCGUCGGGUUCACUGGACACAACAGCCCGGCUUUGGGACCUUGAAAAGGGGCACACGUUACGUGUCUUUGUGGGGCACACUGAAGCCAUCACGUGUAUUGACUUCCAUCCGAAUUGUUUGUACGUGGCGACCGGUUCAGCUGAUCGUAAUAUCCGACUUUGGAGUGUUGAUAAUGGGAAUCCGUUAAGACUUUUUCACGGUUGUAAAGGUGUCGUUUAUGGGGUUUUAUUUAGCCCACUUGGUGAUGUUUUGGCUAGUGUUAGUGACGAUAAAAAAGUGAGACUUUGGGAUAUUUUAAAUUCGAAGGUUAAUAGUGAAAUUAAGCAAAAGGGGCUGCCGGCCACUAAACUAGUGUGGAGUAGUGAUGGGAAACAGUUGUGUACGGGGGCCAUUGAUGGGGCUGUGCGCGUGUGGGACUUGGGACAGGUUUUAGACAGCUCGAGUGAACCUGUGAUUAGUUUAAACGUGAAUGGAAAAAUACUAGCUUUGGAGUACUCGUUCGAUACGUUCGCUUGUGUUACUUAAACUU